GCGUCUGUGUCUCAGACUUAUAGUCCGUCCAAACAUAUAAUAUGCCUUUGUCUGAUUUUAUAUGCUUUCUUGUUGCUUCUCUUACACUCUCUGCUUUGUCUCUGUGUCCCAUGGUCGAACCGCAUCACCUCACCAAUCCACGAUUCAACUCCAACUACCCCAUUUUCUGCCUCCCUCACUUUGUCUCUCUCUAGCUUCGCCCUCUCCUUCCUCUUUGUCUUCUUCUUUCUCUUAGAAUCUGCUCUCUUGCUUGUAUUGCCUCCUCUCUUCCCUACCCUUACUCUGCCUUUUUUGGCUAUUUCUUACGCAACUCCCCAAAAAAGUUCACUAGAGUCAGUCCUCUUGAUUUGAGGUGGGUUCGUUUGGGUUUCUGUUCUUGCUUAAGUCGUCAUGGAAUAUUGCUGUGAUCUUGAAGUGGAUAUAAAUGGACAAGAGACCUUCCUGGUGAACAAAAAUAUUGUUGCUCAUUAUUCUGGCAAAUUCAUUAAAUUAUUUGGGAAAAAUAGCGGCCCCAAUAGAAAGCUUAAAGUAAUAUUCCAUGACUUUCCAGGAGGGGCAUCAGGUUUUGAGCUUGUAUUGAGAUUUUGUUACAACAAUGGAAAGUAUGACAUAACUCCUUUCAAUUUGUUCCUGGCACAUUCUGCUGCAAAAUUCAUGGAAAUGAAAGAGUCCGUUGCCGGAAAUAGUCCUAAUUUGUUGGAGCAAACAGAAAAAUCACUGCAAGAGAUUGGCUAUUGGACAUGGUCUGACCUUUUGACAGCCUUGAAACAGUGCCAAGAUUUCACGCUAGUCGCAGGUUGUUCUACAAUGAUGCUCGAGAAAUGCUUGGAAUCCAUAGUUGGCAGGCUUGUUUUGGCCAGCGAGGCUAGCCCAUGUCCAUCUUCUUGUUCCUCUGACAUCUCUGGAGAUCGAUGUUCCAGCGAGUCCAAAAGCACAGAGAGUACAAAGACCGUAUUUUCUCGUUCAACAUGGUGGUUUGAAGACCUCCUGUUUCUCAGUCCUUUGGUGGUUCAAAUGUUGGUGAAGUCUAUGCUUUGGCGGAAACUGGAUCAUGUUAUAAUCAGUAGGUUUCUGAUGUUUUACCAGAAGGCAAAGUUUUCUUCUGCCACAACUGAUGAGAAGAGGAAGAUCAUAGAAAUGGUCAUAGACUCGCAUUACAUUAUGGACCCGAGUGUUCUUGCUUGCAAGACUUUAUUUGGGAUUCUCCGAAUCACUCUCAACUUGAACAUAAGCAAAUUUAGCAAGAACAAGUUGGAGAAUAUGAUUGGCGCACAGUUGGAUCAAGCAACGCUGGACAAUUUGCUUGUUCCAUCUCCUUAUGGAAUAAACUACUUAUACGACGUGAAUCUUGUUCUGAGGUUCUUGAAAGCAUUCCUGCGUCAAGGAACCUGUUUGAUCGCUCAUGGUCGGAUGAAGAAAGUUGCCAGCUUUAUAGAUUUGUAUAUAGCCGAAAUAGCCCCUGAUCCUUAUUUAAAACCACCCAAGUUCUUGGCUCUUGCCUUGGCACUGCCAGAUUCCGCAAGAGAAUCCUACGAUGAACUGUAUCAUGCAAUGGACAUGUAUCUUGAGGUACAUGCGGAUUUGUCAGAGGAAGAAAGGCUGAAGAUAUGCGCUGCUUUAAAUUACGAGAAGCUUUCAGCCGAGGCAUGCCUGCAUCUGUCUCAGAACAGAAAAUUCCCUUCAAAAUCCGCAGUUAAGGCUCUUAUUGUUCAACAAUCCAAGCUCAAAAACUUGAUUCUUGGCUCUCCCAGUGGAGCUUCAAUCACCAUUUCGCCACGGCGUAGUUCCAGUGACAUUGGUAGAAGAGGAACGAGACAAAGAUCAAUGAAGGAACGGGCCAUGCUGCACACAACAGAAUUUGAUGUUUCGCCCCAAGACAAGAAUUUCUCAGCAAACUUGCAGGGAAUGCAAUGGAGGGUCACAGAAUUGGAGAACGUCUGUAGGAAACUGCAAACCCGGAUGGCAAAGAUCACGAAAUCAAGAGUAUCAAGCCAUAGUUACUCAAGAUCAUUGCCCAAACUCUGUUCAUGACAGAACAAUUGUAAUGAUAGAUUGAGAUUUUUCCUAUGUAACUUGCAUGUAGUGUAUAGUAAAGGAGUGAGUUCAAUUUCAUAGUUUCCCCCCAGUCCUACAGCGGACUGAAGUUGAUUAAUUAAGUUCACUGUACAGCAAAAGAUGAUAUUGAGCCGAGUUUUUACUUACUUCCGUGUCCCUUCCUCUAAUAAAUAUUCGAAAUAAGCAAAGACAA